AAUAGAGGCUAUACCAAGUUGAUAAGGUCAUUCUAUUUUGCUUUUCCUCUUCUUCAGAAAGCUCCCAGAAAAACAGAAACUGAAGAAGAUAUAGCAGCCGUUCCCUUUUUUUUUUUUUGAAAGUCGAUAUGUCAAACACGAAUAUUUCAGAGACGAUUCCGUUUUUACCGGAGAUCGAUGAUAACAAGGACGAAGAUGGGAGGUGGUGGAAGAAUGUUUUGGAUUUGGAAGAGGCGAAGAAACAAGUGUUGUUUUCACUUCCAAUGAUUGUGACGAAUGUUGUGUAUUAUUCCAUAACUUUGGUGUCUGUCAUGUUUGCCGGUCACCUUGGGGAGCUUCAGCUUGCUGGUGCCACGCUUGCUAGUUCUUGGGCCACCGUCACUGGCUUUGCUUUCAUGACAGGAUUAAGUGGAGCACUGGAAACACUUUGUGGUCAAGGAUUUGGUGCCAAAAUUUACAGAAUAUUGGGAAUUUACCUCCAAUCCUCAUGCAUAAUUUCCUGUUCUUUCGCCAUUCUAAUAUCAAUCUUAUGGUUCUUCACCGAGCCCAUAUUGAUCUUCCUUCAACAAGACGCCGAAAUCUCCAAAACGGCGGCGCUUUACAUCAAAUAUCUCAUCCCAGGCUUAUUUGCUUACGGAUUGGUACAAAACAUACUGAGAUUCCUUCAGUCGCAAAGUAUUUUAAUGCCUCUGGUGUGGUUUUCGGUUCUGCCAUUGGCACUUCAUUUGGGCAUCGUUUACGCAUUGGUUAAUUGGACGGAUCUGGGUUUCAAAGGAGCUCCAUUGGCAGCUUCGAUUUCGCUGUGGAUUUCACUUGUUUUCUUAUCGUCUUAUGUGGUUUUGGCCCAGAGAUUUGAGGAAACAUGGCCGGGAUUGUCGUCGGAAUCGUUUCGUUUGGUCUUCGCGAACCUGAAACUCGCCAUCCCUUCUGCGGCAAUGGUUUGUUUGGAAUAUUGGGCGUUCGAGCUUCUGGUACUAUUAGCAGGAUUGAUGCCUAAUUCAGAAGUAACUACUUCCUUGAUUGCCAUGUGUGUGAAUACAGAAUCAAUUGCGUACAUGAUUACUUACGGGCUUAGUGCUGCAGCAAGCACGAGGGUUUCGAAUGAAUUGGGGGCUGAGAAUCCGAGGAAGGCAAAGACCGCCAUGGCUGUGUCACUCAAGCUUUCAAUCCUUCUCGCUCUAACAGUGGUUGUUGCAUUAGCAUUUGGGCAUAACAUAUGGGCUGCUUUCUUCACCAACACUGCUUCCAUUAUUAACCAAUUUGCUUCAAUCACACCCUUCCUUUUAAUCUCCAUUACCAUCGAUUCUUUUCAAGGCAUCUUAUCAGGGGUGGCCAGAGGAAGCGGGUGGCAGGUGUUGGCUGUGUGGGCCAACUUGGGGACCUUUUAUUUAAUUGGAAUGCCAGUUGCAGGGCUUCUUGCUUUUAAGUUUAAGCUUUAUGCUAAGGGUUUGUGGGUAGGGUUGAUAUGUGGUCUUUCAUGCCAAGCUACUGCCCUCCUGCUUAUUACUUUGUGUAGAAAAUGGGCUAAAAUUGAGCUUUCCUAACAAAUUAAUAUUCAACCAUAGUUAAAUCUUAACUAAUCUUCAUACUUUAUGGGUAUUCAUUUGUCGAGACUUAUUUAAAAUAGUGAAUUUGAAAUUUAAAUGAUUUGAGUUUGUUGAUACAUGAAAUAAAGGAGGGAAAGGGUUUUCUAGUGAAGAAGCAAGGAAGAAGAUCAUAGAAUGGAAUGUCUAAAGUGUCGUCCCUUAAAGAGGAUUUUUAAAAAUAUAUAUAAGAGAAGUUUUUCGAGUCAGAGUCUGGAUGGAGUUAUGAUAUAUUUUACUAUAAUUAUAUAACAAUGUUCAAAUUUUGUCAUGUUUUUUGUUCUAAUAUUGGAGAUCGAUCCUUUUAAUAACAAAGUGACUAGAAAUAAUAAUCGGAUAUUUACAAAAUUUUUAAAUAAAUUCUCUUGAUUUACCUAAAUAAGUUUUCUUAUGUGUUUAUUACCUACAUAUUAUUAUUUCAAUGAUUAAAAUAGCAAUUCUCUUUGAAUAUUAUUUUCACCUACAAAAUUACUUCCACAAUGACUGUCGGUGUAACAGCCUAAUUUUCAGUGGUGUCGGAAACAGUGAUUCGAGAUCACUAAAUUCAACCAAUGAGUUUUAAAAUUUAAUAAAUAAAUACAUAUGAGUCAAGUGUGAUUAUAGAAGAAUUUUGGAUUAGUGAAUUUUGUGAUUUAAAAAGAAAUUAAUAAGUAAAUUCGGUCUAAAACGAGGUAUCGAAACCUCGAACUGAUAAAUCGAGCCAUAAAUAUUUUUAGAAAUAUUUAUAGAGUGUCAUUGAGUUGGUAUUAAAGUUUCGUUAGAAAAUUCUAACAUUUGGAUGGUCAAUUAAUUAAAAGUACUAAAUUGAAAACAGUGCAAAAUAUGUUAAAUUAUGAUUAAAUAGCUUAAGUGACUAAUAAGGAGGGAUUUAAAAGGCAAUUAGGCCCAAAUUAUAUGGGCUGGACGGUUUGGGCAAGAAAAUCAGCAAGAAAACAAGGAGAAACAAGGGCAAAAUUAGAAAUUUAGCAAAUUAAACAUAUAAGACAAAGACAAAAUUGAAAAAUCUAGAGAUUUAUUCAUAAUUCAUCAGAAAAUACGCCAUACGAGGUCUGAAACAAGCUGGUUUCUCAUAUUUUUAUACUAUGGAUGCAAUUUGAGGCUAAAUAGAAGAAAAAGAAAACAAUUGGGCUAUAUUGAAGAAAGAAACAAAGGAGGGCCAAAGCAAAAUUUUUCCAAGAUUAAUUAGCUGAAAUUUUUGUUGACUUAGUGGAAGAUUAUUUUGGGAUUUUUUUUUUUAAUAUCAUGGAAUAUUUUUCCUUGAUUUUCUAUGAUAGUGGCUCUUAAUUUAGCAAGGCUACUAGUAUAAAUAGAUGCUAUAUUGUUCAUUUUAUUCAUUAAUUCAUAAAUCAAGCUUUCAUCUUUCAA